GCCUUGGGCAAGGAGUUCUUACCCAAGGGCGCGAAUGUUCUCCUAGGUCCUGGGCUGAAUGUUCACCGCGUAGCGCGUGGUGGCCGCAACGUUGAGUAUCUCUCCGGCGAGUCACCAUAUCUUGGCGCACGUCUUGUCAAAGGCUACAUCGAGGGCGUCCAUGCCCAGAACGUGCUGACAGUCAUGAAGCAUUUCAUCACCAACAACCAGGAGACCAACAGAAACACUGUCAACUCCAUCGUGGAUGAGCGGACCCUGUGGGAGGUCUACUACCCGCCCUUCGUGGCCUCCGUGGAAGCAGGCUGCCUGCAGGCCAUGUGCUCCUACAACAUCGUCAACGGUGUCCAUGCAUGUAGCAGCCCAGAUCUCCUACUGGAAGAUCUGAAAACGGCCAUGGGCUACAAGGGCGCGGUAAUGAGCGACUGGUGGGCAUUGCAUGAGUUCUCUGCAACAGCAGGACUGGACAUGGAAAUGCCAGGCAACAGCAUUGACGGCAAUCCCAUGAACCAGGCCUACUUUACGCCCAACAACACUGCCACGCUGCCUUUGGAGAAGAUCCAGGACAUGGCUGCCCGGAUCCUCAUCGGAGUUGUGCGCUAUGGGCUCAUGGAGAACCCUGCCUGCACUCCCGCGAACAACGGCUGCCAGAAGCAGGUCUACGAAGUGGUGUCAACCACAGAUUCGCACAAGGAGCUGGCAACGCGCAUGGUGGCCGAGUCUGUCAUCCUGCUCAAGAACGAGAAGGACGUGCUGCCCUUCUCCGAAGAUCUUAAGACGAUUGCCCUGCUGGGUUCGGCCUGCAACGCGUCCAACGACGUGGAUGCCAUGCUGGGCCAGUGGGACCUAGGGAACUACUACACGGUGGGUGGCUCUGGGAGGGUCAUCCCGAAGCGACCCAGCACCAUCUUGGAUGCCACGAUUGCCUACUGCCAGAAGGCAGGAUGCACCGUGGUCUCUGAGCUCCAGGAUAAUGCUCAGGCUGCCCUGGCUACGGCGCAGUCAGCUGAUCUUGCAGUGAUCUGCUCCGCGACCACCUCUGCGGAGGGCCGGGACCGCCCCAACUUGUCCGUGGACCAGGAGGACUAUGUGAUGGCAGUGGCUGCAGGUAACCUUUCCAUCCCAAAGGUUUCUGUGAGCCUCAUCCCAGGCUCCAUCGUGAUGCCUUGGAUUCACGAUGUGGACGCCGCCGUCGUGCUCUUUCUAGCAGGAGAAGCGACGGGUUCUGGUCUCCUACAGGUGCUCAGUGGCGAGGUGACUCCAGGGGCCAAGUCUCCUGUGACAUUUCCCUUUACGGAAGAGGAUGCGAUUCCUCCUUGUGAGAAUGUCACAUGUGAGUACAAGGAAGGCUUGUGGGCCGGCUUCCCAACCUAUGAGCGAAAGGAGGUCUCGUUUCCUUUUGGGCAUGGGCUGUCCUACACCAGCUUCAGCUACCUUCUUCAGAGCCUGUCCGCCGGGUGCGACUCGGCGGCGCCUGCGGGGACGGUGGUCUGCGCAGAGGUGGUUUUGAUCAACAGCGGCGCCACGAUUGGAUCCGAAGUUGUCCAGCUUUAUCUCGGGUACCCCUCCGAGGCCGAGAUGCCACUGAAGCUACUGAGGGGCUUCCAGAAAGUCAAACUGCAAAUGGGGGAGGUGGUCAAUCUCCAGCUUCCUCUGACCCAGAAGGACAUAUCUACCUGGUCUCCAGAAAAGAAGGAGUGGGUCUUGCUAGAUGGGACUUACACUGUGUACAUUGGCUCUUCGAGUCGGGACAUCCGGGCUACGGAACAGUUUAACAUCACCAAUGGCGAGGUCUCUUUCUGA